GCACUGUUGACAGCAGUACGCGGGACUAUGUCCGUCCGUAAGGAGAACUAUUCGGGACAAGCAGCGGCAACUAUAGCAGCGACCGAGAGCUAAGAACCCCUUUUGGCUGGGUAGCGAAAGAAGACGAAGUGUGACAAGUGGCGGAGCUGUCUUUAUUGAAGUUAAUAGGUGGCCAUUACUCCACUACUCCCCAACAACCAUCAGAACUCACUGAGAAUCUGAACAUGUGUAUCAGAAGACCCCUGGGAUUCCUCUCAGAACACACUCCUGCUGUGGAGAAUAUGCCAAUCUACAGAGACGACUGCCUUUGGGGUUGCCGUGCAACAGAGACGCAGUAAUUCCACCCAGACCACACCCCCCAACCCCCAACCCGCACCUCACCUCACCCCCCGACUCCUGACUCCUCCCCCCCCCCGACUCCUGAUUGACGCGCGGUCGCCAUGGCGUCGGAGCUGGAGAGCAGCCUGACCUCCAUGGAUUGGCUGCCGCAGCUGAGCAUGCGGGCGGCGCUGCAGAAGUCCGGCGGGCCUGUAGGGGGCGCUGGCAGGAAGUCGGGUGGUCUUGCUGACCCGGUAACGGCGGCGGCGGCGUUGGAACAGGACGAGCUGACGCAGCAUCGCGACGGGAAGCCGCCGUACAGCUACGCCUCGCUCAUCACCUUCGCCAUCAACUCGUCGCCACGCCGACGCAUGACCCUCAGCGAGAUCUACCAGUGGAUCUGCGACAACUUCCCCUACUACAGGGAGGCAGGCAGCGGCUGGAAGAACUCUAUAAGGCACAACCUGUCUCUGAACAAGUGUUUCCUCAAGGUACCUCGAUCAAAAGACGACCCAGGAAAGGGUUCCUACUGGGCCAUCGAUACAAACCCAAAGGAGGACACACUGCCUACUCGCCCAAAGAAGAGGCCUCGCUCUGGAGAGAGGGCCUCCACUCCUUACAGUGUGGACUCAGAGGGACUGGGGAAGGAAUGCACCUCUCCUGCUCUCUCCACCAACUCUCCCGCCAACAAGGUUGGGGCUCAUGUGGAUUCUCAGACCUUCAUUGCAUCAGACAGGGAUAAGCCCCUCCCCUUCCCAUUGGCUGAUCAGAACAAGACCCUCCCCUUCCACGCAUCAGAGUGUGAUAAGCCACUCCCCUUUAGUGCGGCAGAGAGGGAUAAGCCCCUCCCCUUCUCCGAUUUCCAGGAUCUCAGUGCUUCUUUCCGCAGCCUCUACAAGUCUGUGUUUGAGCAGUCCUACUCUCAAGGUCUGACCAACCUAUCCUCUGACUCCCUCCAGAGCAGGACCACCUGCACCUACCAACACACACACAGCCCCAGUGGCAACACCCAAACUCAGAACAACACACACACACACACACUCCCACACACACUCCAGCUUCACACCCCACACUCGUCUCCACACACACACCAGCACAUACCGCACGGACACCAAAACACACUCCAGACACACCCCAACCAGCAUGCCUCACACACACAGUACCCCGGGCAACACAACACACACACACAGCUCUCGAGCAUACACACUCCCCACAACCAGUAUGCUGCUCAGCAGAGCGGAUACACACAGCAAGCAGCGAAUCAGCAGAACACACACACACACACACACACACAGCUCCCCAACACACACACCACGCAGAGCCAACACUCUAAUCAGCACGCCACACACACACAGCACUCCAACCAUCUCAGCACACACACACAGCAUCCCAAUCAGCACGCCACACACACCCAACACCCCAGUCAACACAACACACACACUCUGCAGCCUAACUCCCAGAACACACACACACAACAUCAGAGUCAACACAGCACACACUCACAGCAAGCCAACUCACACACCGCACACACACAACAUCCAAAUCAGCACAACACACACACGCAGCUUCCCAAUCAACACAACACACACACACAACAUCCAAACCCACACGCUACACACACCCAGCACACAAACCAGCACACCACACACACUGCAACACACACACCCCUCUCCUCGGCUCACCCCGUCUACUCCCAGGCCCAGGGGCAACACUCUACCCACAAUGCCCCUCAGCUUGGGCCGCACUCUUCCCACAAUGCAGCACAGCAUGGACCCCACUCUUCCCAGCGUCCUCCGCUGCAUUCUACACACUCUCAGCCACAGAUGCCCAGCAGCGGCCCGGGCUCUGACUGGGUUCCAGAUCUGGACGCUCUGAAGGAGAGCUGUAAGAUCGCCAGCAGCUUCAACUGGGCUGAUGUGGACCUCUCUCCCUUCCAAGGUCUGAGGGACAGUAUGCGCCAGGCGGAGAUGAAUAACUGGGAUCUAGACCCCUCCCAGAUAGCGGACCUCUGCUCCUCCAUCAACCAGUUCCUGUCCAGCACCGGCGUGAUCCCAUUGGCUCUCCCCACCUGCCAAGCCCCGCCCACAGGACACGCCCCACUGCAGCACAGCAAGAGCAGCUCACAGAUGGGCUCAGGUAACGUGUAUGGGGAUGGUCAGGGGCUGUCCUGCAUGCUCGGGCCUCAAGGCUACUCUCACCUGGCCUCACUGGGUACUGCUGCCACCAUGCCAGGUGUGGGGCACCAGCAGCGCAUGAUGUCUGCAGGAAACUUCUCUCUCCGUCGACCCCCAGCAGACGACAUCCAGGACGACUUUGACUGGGACUCUAUUGUUUGAGGCUGGGGGGGGGGGGGGGGGCACCUUUAAAA